CUAUGAAAUCUUGAAGAGGAUUAGGCACAUGUGGUUCUGAAAAAGUUUGAUAAAUCGUUUUUUAAACAAAUAACAUGUUGUUCUGCAAAAAGGACAGAGAUGAAUCUAUUUAUAAGAAAAUAACUACAUGAAAAUUCACGUUUCACGUAACAAUUUAAUCAAACAAAGCGGCAAAAACAUAUAAAUUGCGCAGUCUGGUCUCACACUUUGAUCUGUUGCAAUCCUCCUUCUUCGAUGAUUGCAGACUGGGCGGAACUCCUCUCAUGGAUACGAGCUCCACCGGAAAAGAAGCAUUCACUCCUUCGGAAGUUGGCUGCUCAAUCUACGGUCUUCCAUCUUUGGAAGCAAAGAAACAAUAUCAUCUAUAAUCACACUUGCUUGACUCCUACAGAGACCUUCAGAGUUAUUGAAAGAGAGAUGAGGAAUAUCAUAUCAGCUAAAAAGGAUCACAAGCUUUUCAAAUCACUCAUGGUUCUUUGGUUGCGUUGAGUGCAGAUUUUAGUCCACUAGAUUGACUGCAUUGUUUCAUCUUGUUUUUUAUUUUCUUUUUGCCAAGAUAGAUCAACUCUAGAUAUUACCUUUGUAAAAUCUACUUUUCAUUAUAUGAUAUUUACAAUUUAGCAAAAAAAAAAAACAUAUAAAUCGCAUCAUUAUGGAAUGGUCAUCCUACGUAAUUACUUUUAACAAAAGAGAUAUCACUUUACCAUAUAAUUAUAAGCUUAUGCUAGACUUUUUCUCUUUAUUGCAUUUUUUGUUAGGAUAUAUAAACAUCCAGAUAGGCAGGACGAAUUUUUUUAAUUUAUGUAUACAUGCGGUUGUGACAACGACGACGGAUCCAUUUAUAACACUAGUCAUUCAAUUUAGUGCAUCACCAAAAGACUUCCAGAACGUAAGAACCGGUGACACGCUUAUAAGUAUGACCAUAGAGUUGACAUCAAGCCUAACGACGCAAACGCUUCGUUUCUUUAUUAACAUUAUAAGUUUUCUAAAGAACAGAGGAUUAUAUAAUGACUUAAUUAAAUAUAGGAUGAUUAGGUGGAGCGAGCUAUCUGUUGCAGAGCGCAUACGAGUCCUCAUUAUAUAAUACAACUUGAAACCAUGAUCAGGAUCAGGUACAUGUGGUUCUGGAAAAAGUACAGUGAUGAAUCUAGUUAUAAGAAAACAAAAUGUUACAGAAAAACGUUUCACAUAACAACUUAACGAAGAGCAAAACAUUAAAUCACAUCAUCAUGAUCAUCUACCAGCUUGAUCUAGACUAUUUUUCCCCUUUAUAUAUAUCCAAACAGUAAACAUAUACGAAUUUUGAUUAUGAUUCUGUGCAUGCGGUUGUGACAACGAGGACGAAUCCAUUUUUAACACUAAUCAUUCAAUUCAAAGCAUCACCAAAGACUUCCAAAAAGUAAGAAUGAUGACACGUUUUUAGUAUGCCGUAGAGUUGACAUCAAGCCUAAUGACGUUAACGUUUCAUUUCCUUUUUAACAUUAUAAGAGUUAUCUUAAGACAAUCAAAUAAUGAACUAAAUAUAUGAUAUGGUCCAUUAAUAUUUUUUUGUCAACUUUAUGGUUCAUUGAAUUCAAGAAUAUCAAACGUUUACUUUUCUUUGUUUCACAUUAUAGCAGCUUAAUAUACUAUUUUAGAUUGGUCCAUGAUUCUAGUGUCUCAGAUAUAUGUAUAAACGCUUCUAACCUUUUAUCAAGGAAAACUUAGUAUUUUAAACCUAAAAUUUGUGGAACUCACACCGUUUACGUAGAUUUUGAACUCAAGUCUAAUUGGUCAUUGUUAAUAAAGAAGACCUUGUUAUCCAAAAAUAAAUACCGUAAAAUAAGGCCGUAAAUUAAUAGUUUAAUUCGUUUAAAACUUAAGUUUAUUGUACUUAGGUAACAAUAUCCAGCUAUACAGCAUGAACCUUGACAAGCAACCAAUCAAUAGUCUUACACUAUGGAUAUAUGGCGUAAAAGGAAGACCUAUCAAAACGCUAUUUUGGGCUUUUAUUUAUUUGUUGUUUUGGAGCCAUGCAGGUCUACAUCUAGUAGUGCCAAAAUAAUAUUUUAGCAAGUAAUAUUAUUUGUGUCUUAUUAUGUAAAAUGUUUUCUAUUUUUUGUUUUGUUUUAUUUAAAUGUUUAAACAAUAAUUUUAUCAAACUAAUCGGGAAUAUCUGAAACAAAAACUAACUAAUUCUUCAAGAAAACAAUACUAACAACUAGUUCAACUGCUAGGUUUAAAUGAUGUUUAUUAAAAUACUGAAUUAAUUAUUCAAAUAAAAAAUUAAAAAUUUAUAUUGAACUUAUUAUUUCAUGAAAUACUUUGAAAUCAACUAUUCUAGUGAUUGUAUUUGAUGGAGUUUCUUAGUUAAAAAUAAUAAUUAAAUUUUAUUAUUUCACAUGAAAAUUUAAAGUUGUUAAAAAAAUUAUAUUAAUUUUUAAUUCACAUAAAAUCAUUUUAAACCCACUAAAAUCAAUCACUUCAAAAUCUAAAUUGAAUACACCUCUAGUUUCUAACAUAAAUCAAAUAAGAAUUAUAAAUUUAUACCAUACCCCAAACUAAUUUCUUUUACAAAUGUAUACUAUCUGGUUUCAAUAACAAUUUUUGUUAAAAUAUACUCCAGUAUUUACAAAUUUUAAAUUUUGAUUUUUUAGUAAGAAAGAACAUUUUGUAAAAUGGGAGAAGAGGAAGUAUGUGACUCCACGUUUAAAAAACUGCAAUAUUUUUGAUAGAACGCGUAGUUCUCAUAUAUGGCUGUCACUAUUCCACAAUCACAAACUUUGAAAAUGCCUACAUUUUUGACUCUUAGCUUAACGUCUUUGUUUGAGCUACUCCUCAAAAAUAAUCUUAUUAAAUUUCUAGUGGCGUUUAUUAAAAAAUUACAUUCAAAUAAACACCACCAAAACUGAAAUCUAUUUAAGUCUUCUUUGUCCUUCUUCAUUGCAACUCAUCCAGUUUGUCUCAAGAAACUUUCUAAACCAGACAAAGAUCUAGAACAUUAUACUUGUUCUUGUCUGAAAUUUCAAACACAAGAAACAAACAAACAUGAGAGACCUAGCUUUGUGUCUGUUUGUUUUCAUCUUAGCUAAACAUGUCAGUUCUGUUCCCACAAAAGAACAGUUUCAAAGCUGCUUGUCAACAAUCUCCAGAAACCCCAACAAUCUCACUAAACACACAUCAGAUUCCAGACUCUACACCGCCUCAUUGAAGACUUCAUCUCCAAGCUCAAACUUCCUCAACUUGAAUUUCACAAGCCUAAAGCCGAUCCUGACCCUCAAACCAAAAUCCGAAUCCGAAAUCAAGAAAGCAAUACUAUGCAGCAAGAAACUUGGCGUGCAAGUAAGAACCCUAAGUGGUGGUCACGACUACGAAGGCCUCUCUUACCUCUCACUAACACCCUUCAUAAUCAUCGACCUAGUUAACCUCCGUACCAUCACCAUCAACCUCACGGAAGAAACAGCAUGGAUCCAAUCCGGAGCCACACUCGGCGAACUCUACUACAAAAUCGCCAAAACCAGCAAGGUCCACGCCUUCGCCGCAGGGAUAUGCCCAAGCGUUGGAGUUGGUGGGCAUAUCAGCGGCGGUGGGUUCGGUACAAUAAUGAGAAAACACGGUUUAGCGUCUGACAACGUUGUGGACGCGCGUUUGAUGGACGUGAACGGGAGAAUCCUCGACAGGAGAACGAUGGGAGAGGAUUUGUUUUGGGCACUUAGAGGAGGUGGAGCAGCGAGUUUCGGUGUUGUGUUGUCGUGGAAGGUUAAGCUCGCUAGGGUUCCCGAGAAGGUAACUUGUUUCAUAAGUCAACAUCCAAUGGGAGCUAGCAUGAACAAGCUCGUUCAUAGGUGGCAGUCCAUAGGAGCGGAGCUAGACCAAAACCUCUUCAUCAGAGUUAUAAUCGACAACAGUGUAGAAGGUGGUCAAAGGAGAGUCAAAACUACUUUCCAAGCUUUGUUUCUUGGUGGAGUCGAUAAGUUGAUUCCUCUGAUGAACCAGAAGUUUCCUGAGAUAGGAUUAAGAGCUCAGGACUGUUCUGAAAUGAGCUGGAUCGAGUCCAUAAUGUUCUUUAACUGGAAGUCAGGACAACCGUUAGAGACAAUGCUCAACAGAGACCUAAGAUACGAGGAUCUUUACUUCAAAGCAAAGUCAGACUUUGUUCAAAAGCCAGUUCCUGAGAACGUUUUCGAAGAAGUGACCAAAAGGUUUCUCGAGCAAGAGACUCCACUGAUGAUCCUAGAGCCAUUGGGUGGGAAGAUAAGCGAGGUAUCAGAAAGUGAGUCUCCAUAUCCACACAGGAGAGGGAACAUUUACAACAUACAGUACAUGGUGAAGUGGAGAGUGAAUACAGUCGAGGAGAUGAACAGGCAUGUGACGUGGAUGAUAAUGCUUUACGAUUACAUGACUCCUUAUGUCUCUUCAUCGCCUAGAGGAGCUUAUUUGAAUUACAGAGAUCUUGAUUUGGGCAACAACACAGGAAGCAAGACUAGCUUUGAAGAUGCUAGGGUAUGGGGUGAGAAGUAUUACAGAGGUAACUUCAAGAAGCUGGGUUUGGUUAAAGGGAAGAUCGAUCCAACCAACUUCUUCAGGAACGAACAGAGUAUUCCUCCUCUGCUUUGAUUUCUCAAAAGACAAAAACCAAAUGUAUUGAUAAUGUAUUUUUUUCUAGUAGAUAUGUACCCAAUAACAGUUGAUUCAAAGGCCAAAUUAAAUAGCAAAUAAACCAGCUUGAUUUCAA